ACAUUCCUUAUAUAGCCUCUGAGGAGUGAGUUGCAGCUACAAAGUUUAGAGGGGGAGGCUUUGCCAGCUAGAGUGAGGCUCUGCUUGCUUGCCCGAGCCUUUGUGAAUUUCUAGCUUUCUCCCAGGUUUGGGCCACGGGUCGGCCCUUGUGGACAAGGCUAUGAACGUGUACUCUGUAGCUCUCAGCGGCCCAGCGCCGUGGGGCUUCAGGCUUCAGGGUGGAAAAGACUUCAGCAUGCCCCUCACUGUGUCAAGGCUGACCCCGGGUGGGAAAGCAGCUCAGGCUGGUGUCGGUGUCGGCGACUGGGUCGUCUCUAUUGAUGACCUUAACGCAGAGGACUUGACCCACGUGGAGGCCCAAAACAAGAUCAGAGCAGCAUCAGACUCCCUCACUCUCACCCUUAACAGGCAAGUCAGUUUGCAAAGAUGCAACAAGGAGGUACAAUUCCCCGAGUCAUCCCCCAUGCCCUGUUUUAUCCCCAACGACCGCAGCAAAAAGAGGUUGAUCCAGGACACAGAGGACUGGCAGCCUCGCACCGGUACCACCCAGUCACGCUCUUUCCGCAUCCUGGCGCAGCUCACUGGCACUGACUUCAUGCAGGACCCAGAUGAUGAAACCAUGAAGAGGGCCAGGGAAAAGUUCCUCACUGAGAUUCAGAGCCCCCGUUACGCCCGUCUGAGGGACUGGCACCACGACAGGUCGGCUCGCGCCCUAAAUAUCAAAUCCUGUGUUGAGCCAACUCCAUCGCCUGCCAAAACUCAGACAGCCAGUCAACCAGAUGGAUCCAAAACUGCAGCCUCAGGCAUCUCGGCUCCUUCCUCCCGACCCCCGUGGGUCACCGACCCUAAUUUUGCCGACCGUUAUCGUCCGGAUAAGACGAGCACGGUGGUGACGCAGCACCAGCAGCUGGUUCAACCCACGCCAAUGGAGAACCGCAGUUCCAUCCUGCAGGCGGCGCAGCAGACGCCCCAAGGCAGUGAGAGGACCCCGGUGUGCGGCGCCUGCAACAAAAUCAUCAGGGGUCGUUACCUCGUCGCAUUGGGACACUCGUGGCACCCCGAGGAGUUCACGUGUUCACAGUGCAAGACGGUCCUGGAGGAGGGGGGCUUCUUCGAGGAGAGAGGUUCCGUCUUCUGUACCAAGUGCCACGAUAACCGCUACGCACCCAACUGUGCAAAGUGCAAGAAGAAGAUCACGGGGGAAAUCAUGCAUGCCCUGAAGAUGACCUACCACGUUCAGUGUUUUAAGUGUGCAGCCUGCAAGACUCCUAUCAGGAACCAGGCCUUUUACAUGGAAGAGGGAGAGCCUUACUGCGAGAGAGAUUACGAGAAGAUGUUCGGCACCAAAUGUCAUGGCUGCGACUUCAAGAUUGACGCCGGGGAUCGUUUCCUGGAGGCCCUGGGCUACAGCUGGCACGAUACGUGCUUCGUCUGCGCUCUGUGCCAAAUCAACCUGGAGGGGAAGACGUUUUACUCCAAGAAGGACAAGCCCCUCUGCAAAGGCCACGCCUUUGCCCCGGUGUGAGUCAUCCUCUUCUCAAAUCUUGAUGUCGAACCUCAAAUCACACGCAAGCCUGUGUUCAUCUGGAUGGUCGAAGCUUAACGCUCCGUUGUGCCUCUUAUACUAAAUAUUCAGCCUGUCACUCAACUGGACUGGGUUGACCUGUUCAAACAUGCCAUUAUCUUGUUUACCUUCACGUCAACCUGUUGACAUUGUUUUUUAAAAUCAUUAUUAUUGUAUUUUUUUAUUUUUUUUUUUUUUGCAUUUGGACUCAUUUUAAUUUCCAGAAACUUUUAAUGGGAAGUUUGGUUUAGGAUUGUUGCAAAUUUGUUGGAAAAAAAAAACUUUGCAAUUGGACUUAAGAGACUCUGAGAAAAAAUUGUAUUAUAGACAUAACAUAAUAACCAUUUAGUUUUGUCAGACAACAGUAAGUUUUUUUUAAGACAGUAUUUUAUGUGCCCAAAGAUAGAAUAUUAGAAUUUAUUACAAACUCUCAUCCUGCAGUUAUUUUUUUUCUAAACCUACAGGCUUUUGAAUAUGUAUUUAUAUUGCUUCAGAAAAUGCGUUGUUUUAAAUAACUGCCGGAUUGAUUGAAUAAACAUCUUUGUUGUCGUGAUCUUGCAA